GAUAUGACGUCAGGCGGCAGCAGCAAUGCAUUGUGGGGGUAGAGUGUAGCAAAAUAUCAGCGUCAAGCUAACGUUGAUGCUAACUGCUAGCAGUGUAGUAAAUAACGGUUAUUUCUAAACGACCUAAUCUACGUCAUCUGUUCACAUCACGGCUGUGACGCAGAGCAUGAGCGGCACGUAGUGAGGAGCACCGUGUGUGAGUCUGUGUGAGGAUGAGCCGGAGACAAAGGUCCACUCCGUCCAUUAAGCAGGAGUCGCUGGGAGAGUUCACAGAGCCGUCGACGAGGCGGAGACCGGAAACCCUGUCCACCCGAGAGGAGGACAUGGAGACAGACAGCGAGCAGUUCUGCUACGUGGAAGUGUCUCUGGAGGACGAAGACUCUGACACCCUUGCCACAGUGAAUGAAGCUAGAAUUAAUCCUCCUAUUAACGGCAUGGAAGGUGCACAAGGAGAUCCAGCAGAACAAAUAACACAAGAAGGGGCGAGUGAUGACCGCCCUGUAAAACGUAGACGGAAUAAACGCAGCUUGAUUUGGAGGCACUAUGAGCAACUGGACUGUUUGUCUGCUGCUCGUUGCCGCAUUUGCCAGAAGAAGUUGCAGUACUUUGAAGGCGGCAGCACCAGCAACCUGCAUCGGCACCUGUCAAAGAGACAUCCGGAGAUGUUUUCUCAGCUAAUGAUGGAGGGGCAGCAUCCACCACCACAACCACCACCACCCGACUCAUCAAAGAGCUCAAAUGCUAAUGGUCACACAGCAACACCACCAGAGAGCGUUGGGCCGACAAAGGAGCAGAAACCGUUUUCUGGUAAGUGGAAAGUUCCCAAAGUGUCUGAAGUUGAAAAGCGUGCGUUCAGGAGAGAGCUGGAGCUGAUCGAAGCUCUGAGGAGAGCGCAGAGGGAGGAGGCUCGGGCUCUGGAGUAUCAGAGGGAUCUGCUUGAGAAGCUGCGUGCAGUGAAUGCCAGGGAAGCAGCUGCAGAGAGGGAGCAGAUUGAGUCACUGAGAAAAGCACAGCUGGAGGAAGCCGAAGACUUGACUAGACAGCGAGAAGAGGUGCAGAAGGAGAAGACAGAGCUGCAGAAGAAAUUUGACGAGCUUCAGCAGGAAAGAGAAGAACUUGUGUUGUUUUCCAAAGGACAGCAAGCCUCCUGAGUCUGCUGCAACAUGACUGUCGUGUUGCUGUCGUCACCGAUUUCAUUUUUUUACUUUUUUUUUUAUAAAUGCUUUGGGACAAAUUUAAACACAUGAUGUAAAAUGGUAAACUCCCCUUUUAGUAAAAUAUUUUUUGCAAACAAUUAAUGGACAUUUUUUGUUUCUGACACAGCUGUGUUGCACUGCUUCUUCCUUCCUCUUCUGCCCACCCAUUGUGUGAUGUUCUGAUAUCACUCUGACAUCAAAUGAAUAGACCCAGGAGAAACCUCUCCCUCCCCACCUCAUCCUACAUUCACUCAUGGCUGCAACAAGCAAUUUUCAAAUCUGUAUAUACUAUAAUAAUGUAUGUGUUGGCUCUGCAGGACAGGAUCAGAUGAGCUGCAAAAGUCAUUAGUUUGUCUUAUCACUCAAAUUUGUAAUUUAGCAAUGAAAUGUGUAAUGCUGCCAGUAAAACUGACCUACAUCAGACGAUAGAUAUUAUUAUUAUAUUUUUCUGCGAGGGCUUGAAAUUAUCAGUCAAACUAACUUAAUUGAUUUGUCUUUUCUUUCCUUUCUUUACACAAUACACCAUGUUGUCGUUAACAAGUUGUGUGAUCCUUUUAGGAAAUUUAAUUGACCUUGAGACUUGAUUUGAGUUUCUUGUAGAAACUUGGAAAUUCACUUUAAGAGCAGCUGUAUUUUUGUUGAAACAGGAUGUUUAGGCAAGACAUAAUGUUAGGGAUCAUUUAAAAGUGUAAACCCAUGUAGAUUUAGAGAGGCAGUUUUAAUUUUGAUUAAAUGUUUUAUACUCCCACUGCAGCAUCAUCUGUUCUACAGGGACACUCUAGGUAAUGACAUUAAAAUGUUGAUGUGCAAGA